CGGAGCUGCAGCAUGGCGGUGGCUGUCGUGGCGUCCGCCCUCCGCGUCGGGCUAAGGGGUUGCGGGCGGCUGGGACGCCCGGCCUGCGGCCUCCGCUGGCAGAGCCAGACCCAGGAGCCGUCUGCUUACCCUGGAAUCGUGGAGUCCACAGAGGAGUACAAAUUUGUGGAGCGCCUUAUCCCUCCUGCCAGCAUCCCAGAGCCCCCCAGACACCAGAGUUACCCCACGCCCAGUGGCUGGCAGCCUCCAAAAGAUCCCCCCCCAAACCUCCCCUACUUCAUUCGUCGCUCCCGGAUGCACAAUGUCCCCGUCUACACCGAGCUCACACACGGCAACCGUCAAAUGACUCUGAUCCGAAAGGUGGAGGGGGACAUUUGGGCCCUGCAGAAAGAUGUGGAAGAAUUCCUGACUCUGCUGUUGGGGAAGGCACCUGUGACACAGGUCAAUGAGGUGACGGGGACCCUACGUGUCAAGGGUUACUUUCAUCAGCAGCUCAAGGCCUGGCUCCUGGAGAAGGGCUUCUGAGGGUCAGAGGGCAAACUGGAUCCCGUAGGCUAGCCCCCACCCGUCUGGAAGGCCCGGCGGCUCCCCAUUUGUGGCUGGGAAGUCUCCAAGGGGCUCUGAACAGAAAGGGUUUGUCAAGACUACUCUACCCCCAGUGGGAAUCUUUCAGGGAAAUUUCCCUGAAAUGAAAAAUAUUUCUCAGGUAGCCAGUGUUGAGGUGGCAGAGGCCCUAGUCAAGGGGUGGCUGCCUCCACAAGUGAGAGACCAGAUCCAGACCCAGCAGCAUCAUCAGGAAGGCGAGCCGGGCAUGAGAUAAGGCAAAGACGACAGAACAUCACACGACAUCGUGAAUGCCCAGGGGGAGGGGUACCAUGGCACAACCUGGCACCAACUUUAAUGCAAGUUUUUAUUUUGGCCGUAUAUACAAUUGAAGCUAUUAAAAUUUGUACAAUAUUUACAAAUUAAAUAAUCUGAAACUGU